AUGGCCGCUGCAGCUCCACCCCCACCACCAUCCGCCGCCCCUGAACCUUCCAUGGCACCACCUGAAACAACCCCGAUAGGCCACCCCGUCUUCACCAGGAUCCGCCUAGCCACCCCUUCAGACGUCCCUUUCAUCCACAAACUAAUCCACCAAAUGGCCGUCUUUGAGCGGCUGACCCACCUCUUCUCCGCCACCGAAUCUUCCCUAUCUUCCAACCUUUUCCUCUCCCCUCCUUUCCAUUCCUUCACAAUUUUUCUACUCGAACUUUCCUCUUCCCCCAUUCCUCCUCUCCUUUCCCCUUCACCAUCUUUCACUCCCAUAGAAAAGACAUUCAACUUCGACAUCCCCUUAAACGACCCCGAAAGUGAUGCCUUCUCGAUCUAUUACGGGAAUCAGCAAGUUAUAAUCGGUGGGUUCGUGUUGUUCUUCCCAAACUACUCGACAUUUUUAGGGAAACCAGGGUUUUACGUUGAGGAUUUGUUCGUUAGGGAAUGCUACCGGAGGAAAGGGUUUGGGAAAAUGUUGCUGUCGGCGGUGGCGAAGCAGGCGGUGAAAAUGGGGUACGGGAGAGUUGAAUGGGUGGUUUUGGAUUGGAAUGUAAAUGCCAUUACGUUUUACGAACAAAUGGGUGCUACAGUUUUGCCUGAAUGGAGGAUUUGCAGGCUUACGGGUGAUGCUCUUCAAGCUUAUCAAAAUGCCAAUGUUUAGCUGUUUUGUGUGAACUUACUGAUGAGGAAAUAAAAAGGAUUUUUCAGUGUUUAUUUUAGUCGGAUUCUCAGCCAAAGACUGAAAGAUUCGCUUCUUCAGUUUAUAUUUGUAUUUGGUUGUUUGAAGGUGGAAUGUUGAAUUUCUAUGGGUUUUUAUUGUUUGGAUGUACUGUUACUUUUCGCUAUCAAAGAGGAUUCUGAUUACUCUUGCAGACUUUUUAUCCAA